AAGGCCCAGGAGCCCAAUAGAGUAAGUGUACAAAACACAGCCCAAACCUGAGUCUAUUGAUCGGCAUCUUUAGUUUAGGAAGUGAAGAAAGCGGGGGAGCCGUCUGUAGUUAGGGUUUUCGGGGCGCAGAGAGCAAAAGCUGGUUGGUUGAAAGGCGACUGAGCGGGAAGCAGCAGCAGCAGCAGCCAUGGCUAGCACCAAAGUUCAGAGGAUUAUGACCCAACCUAUCAACCUGAUAUUCAGGUUUCUUCAAAGCAAAGCUCGAAUUCAGAUUUGGCUCUUUGAGCAGAAGGAUUUGAGGAUUGAAGGCCGCAUCAUUGGUUUUGAUGAGUACAUGAAUUUGGUCCUGGAAGAUGCUGAGGAAGUCAACAUAAAGAAGAAGACCACGAAGCAAUUGGGGAGGAUACUUCUGAAGGGGGACAAUAUCACAUUGAUGAUGAACACGUAUGGCUAAGCUCUCUCUCUCUCUCUCUCGUGAAGCCCAUGGGUAAAUGAUGUUCCUGGCUUUGAUGCCUAGAUGUUCGUGAAUGUUUCAGUUACUACCAGCGCACUUGGAUGGUUUAUUUUCAGUGAUGAUGUAUUCUAGAUACUCAAUAGCUUUUCUCUUA